CUUUAGCGGCAUCAAGUUACUGGAAGAACGUGUAGAGACGGUUUCGUUUCUCUCCGUUGCAACAACUUGCCCACUUGGUUGCCAAUCUAAAGAGCAGCAGAAUGGAACAGAAACUUCUUCUAGAUGAUUCAAACUUGGGUCCUGCUCCUGCCUAUGAUACUCAACCAGCUGCAGGACAUGCUUACUACCCACCGGUUGGUUAUCAAAAUGUAAACAGCUAUGCACCUGUUUAUACUCAUCAGCCUGUGAUGUCAACUACAAUGGUUGGAAAUGCUGAAGUAGUACCUCGUGACUAUCUGUGCUUAUCCGCUAUCAGUAUUGUUUUUUGUUGGCCAUUUGGAUUAGCUGCACUUUUUAUGGCUAUUAAGACACGUCAUAUGAUCGCAUAUGGAAACAUCGCUGCAGCAAUGGAAACAUCAAAAAUUGCCCGCAUUUUUGCCAUUUCGGCAUUGGUGUUUGGUUGCCUUCUUUUGGCAUCUUCAGUAGCAAUGCUUCUAGUGUAAAAGUUGAUUUGAACAUCUUUGACUACAAACAAACAUUACGACGUAGGACAAUGUGUUGAUUAUGAUAUUAGCAAGAUUGUGAUCUUCAAUAACAAUGAGGUUGAUGACGUCAUUUGAGCAACUUAUUAACUUAAUUAAUUAAUGACAGAUGUGAAUGCCCUCUUGAUACUAUAUUUUUUCAUUUAUCUU